UUUUCUUCUCCUUUACAGGUUUUGUUAAAAAGUGUUUUCCAUUGGAAAAGAUGGGGGCGUUAUUUCGAAGCGAGGAGAUGAGCUUAUGUCAGCUCUUUCUCCAGAGCGAAGCUGCGUAUGCGUGUGUUUCGGAAUUGGGAGAACUUGGACUGGUUCAGUUCCGUGAUUUGAAUCCGGAUGUCAAUGCAUUUCAACGUAAAUUCGUCAACGAAGUUCGCCGUUGCGAUGAAAUGGAACGCAAACUCCGCUUUUUGGAGAAGGAGAUUAAGAAAGAUGACAUCCCUGUUCUGGAUACUGGGGAGAAUCCCGAAGCUCCGCAGCCCAGGGAGAUGAUCGAUAUGGAGAUGCAAAUAUUCAUUGAUUGCACAUUCCAGGCGACUUUCGAGAAACUGGAGAACGAGUUGAAGGAAGUGAACAACAACGCGGAAGCCCUGAAGAAGAACUACUUGGAGCUGACCGAACUGAAGCAUAUUUUGCGCAAGACGCAAGUCUUCUUCGAUGAGCGAGACACUGAAGAAAGCAGCGAAAUCAGAAAAUCGUUGAUUACAACUGAUGCUGUGGGCGGUGCACCUACAGGCCAACUCGGUUUCGUUGCUGGUGUUAUUAACCGUGAACGGUUGCCUGCUUUUGAGCGUAUGCUGUGGCGUGCCUGCCGUGGUAAUGUCUACUUGAAGACGGCUGAAAUUGAUUCUCCUUUGGAAGAACCUUCUAAUGGAGACCAGGUUUACAAGACCGUCUUCAUCAUCUUCUUCCAAGGCGAGCAGCUGAAAACUCGCGUGAAGAAGAUCUGCGAAGGGUUCAGGGCAACUCUGUACCCAUGCCCUGAUACUCCUUCGGAUCGUCGCGAAAUGGCCAUGGGUGUCAUGACUCGAAUUGAGGACUUGAACACGGUGUUGAGGCAAACACAAGAUCAUCGCCAUCGUGUGUUGGUUGCUGCGGCGAAGAAUAUCAGGAAUUGGUUCAUCAAAGUCCGGAAGAUCAAAGCGAUUUACCACACCUUGAAUUUGUUUAAUUUGGACGUCACGCAGAAAUGUUUGAUUGCCGAAUGCUGGGUUCCCGUCGCUGACAUGGAAACCAUUCAGCUUGCCCUUCGUCGAGGGACUGAGAGAAGUGGAAGCACUGUUUCGCCCAUCUUGAACAUGAUGACAACAAAAGAAGCUCCACCAACCUACAACCGCACAAAUAAGUUCACGCAGGGUUUCCAGAACUUGAUCGACGCAUACGGUGUUUCCACUUACCGUGAAGUCAAUCCAGCUCCGUAUGCCGUCAUCACUUUCCCGUUCCUUUUCGCUGUUAUGUUCGGCGAUAUUGGACACGGACUGAUCAUGUUCUUGGCUGCACUCUAUAUGGUUUGGAAAGAGAAGCCCCUGCAAGCCCAGAAGAUUCAGAACGAGAUUUUCACGAUGUUCUUCGGAGGGCGUUACAUCAUUCUUUUGAUGGGAUUUUUCUCCAUCUACACCGGAUUGAUGUACAACGACAUCUUUUCGAAAUCGCUGAACAUCUUCGGAUCAUCUUUCACGGCUGAGCAUAUUCCGUUGAACGAUAUCAAGAGCCACGAGGUUCUACAGUUGAACCCCAAUUCGACUGCCCAGCAGUAUACCAACAAGCCAUAUCCCAUUGGCAUUGAUCCUGUUUGGCAAUUGUCCGCCAACAAAAUCUCGUUCUUGAACUCGUACAAGAUGAAGAACUCCAUCGUUUUGGGUGUUGCCCAGAUGCUGUUUGGUGUCAUGCUCUCUUUGUGGAACCACACGUAUUUCAAGCGUCCUCUGAACAUCUACUGCGAGUUCAUCCCGCAAAUUUUGUUCUUGCUGUCACUUUUCGGCUAUCUGGUCAUCCUCGUGUUCUUCAAGUGGGUCUGGUAUAGCGCAGACACAGCUGGUUGUGCACCAUCCAUCCUCAUUACCCUCAUCAACAUGGUACUGAUGAAGGACAAUGAAGUUCCUGGAUGUCCGUCGACGGUUUACGCUGGACAGCAACAAUUCCAACAAUUCCUGGUGCUGAUCGCGUUCCUCUGCGUUCCCUGGAUGCUGUUGGUGAAACCUUUCGUGCUGUUUCGACAGAAUAGCGCCCGCGUCCGUGCAAGAGCAAAUGGAGUCAAUUCGACGUUGGCGGCGGAAGAAGGGGUUGUUGCUACCGAUCCGCAUUCUUCUGGAGGCCAUGGAGAACACGGUGAUGAGGAGUUCGAAUUUGGAGAGGUUUUCGUUCACCAAGCCAUCCAUACCAUUGAAUACGCCCUCGGGUCAAUCUCUCACACUGCUUCUUACUUGCGUCUUUGGGCCUUGUCACUCGCCCAUGCCCAGCUGUCUGAAGUGCUGUGGGGAAUGGUUUUGUCCCUGGGACUGCAAAUGGAAGGCUGGUGGGGCGGGAUCAUCCUCUACGUGCUGUUUGCCUUCUGGGCUGUUCUCACCGUCGGGGUUUUGGUCUUGAUGGAAGGCCUGUCUGCUUUCCUGCACACACUUCGUCUCCACUGUCUUGUACUCCCCAUGGUCGAAUUUCAGAGCAAGUUCUAUGACGGCAACGGAUAUGCAUUCAUGCCCUUCUCCUUCGAAGUCAUCCUGGAGGCCGCUCGAGCUGCUGAUGAAUAAACGAACAAUUCAGGCGUUUCCGUAACAACAAAAUUCGAUUCGACGAACAAGGUUAAAAACCCUUUCGAGGAUAAAAGGAUGUGGAUUCCCCUUCUUUCCUGGACGAAGCCUCUUCGUCUGGGUAGGGGGGUGGUUCUCCGCGGAUGUCAAUUUCAUGGUUCAUCGCUUCAGGUUACAUUCCCCUUCCGUAUAUAUCGCUUUCAACGUGCCAUAGACGUUUUUGAGCCUUUCGAUGUGCUUUCGAUGUGGAAUUACGGUGUUAUUCUUAGCAAGUUACGGGAUUUCAUUUGAAUUUUUUCUGGGGAAGAUCAUCCACUGAUCAUCAGUUUAAUUACGGCGUGUUGAUUCAGUCUUCUAUGAAAAUUUCGAUAUUUUCUGACUUUUGUUCUGGGGCUUUUUUCGGACUAGUUCUGUUGCACUUGAUUUCAAAAUCGGGAAUAUGUAUUACGCUUGGAGCUUUCUUGAAACGUAUUUGCAAUUUUUUCGGAUGAGUAAUGUGGAAUCUCUUCGUAAUUUUACUGUUUUUGCCGCCGAAUCUUUCAUUAUAUUUCUUUUGCCGAAUUUUCUGAACUUCUUUAAGUUGCUAUCCCGUGGCUUCUUUUUAUUGCAUUCGACUUUCGAAAGCCAAAAAUAUUUACUACUCAUAACGUACGCAUCAACGAUGUAGAAUAUGUCUCUGAAUGGUUAAUUUUGGAGCCUCGAAAAUGUUGAAAUACUUGUCGAGACUUGUUCCUUUUUCAUCUUAUUCGAUAUUCAUUGAGCAUCUCAUGUUUGUCAAGAAUAUGCUAUGUCAUUCUUUCCUGUCCUAGCCGCUGUUGAUGAAAAACCCGUCGUAGUAGUAAUAAAAGCUUCAGAUCGCA